CUAGCUCAGAUGAAGCAAGUACAUUCUUUGUGUUGUGCCAAAGGAAAAAACACAAUCGAAGGUUGAAAAUCCAAGAUAGAUUGAUUGGUUAAUCAAACGCCACGAAUUGUUUCUCCAACCUUAGUAACCACACAUGAAGAGGCCCAAAAUUAUGCUCCAAACCUCUUUCACAACCUCAUCCACUUAAACAUCAUCUCCUCAACCGCUAAAACCACCCAAAAACCAUGUCCUGCUCCACCACAACAACCACCCUUUUUCUCUCUCCUCACUCCACCAACAAAACUCACCUCAAUUACCCAAAAAACCUUCUUCUUUACCCUUCAAAACCCACCUUUUCAUCAACCCGACCCAUCACAAAAAUCCAAGUUUCUUCCUCCCCCACCAACAAACCCACUACAAUUGGUAAUAAUCCGGCUCAAAACCCGACCCAAGAAAUCGUCUUUUUUGAUGGGGGUGCUCAUUAUGGUGAUUUGGUUGCAAAUUUGCUUCUGGGUUUUACCCUUUUUUGGCUUCCAUUAACUCUAGCUGCUGUUUCAAGGGCAUUUUUUCUAAGGUAUAGGUUCACAAAUUUGAGAGUUACUGUAAUUUCUGGGUUUACUGGGGAAGAAAGAAGUGAUUUUUCUUACAAAGUGGUAAAAAAUGUUCAGGUUGUUCCUAGAUUUAUUGGAGAGUGGGGUGAUAUUGUUAUUACACUUACUGAUGGGACUAAAGUUGAUUUAAGGAGUGUGCCUAAAUUUAGGGAAAUUGCAAAGUAUUGCCUUUCUAUGGCUGAAAAGUCUAAAUAGAUUGAAACAAAUGGGUUUUUGAAUUGGGUAUUGAGCUGAUUAUGUUUGAGGAGGUAUGUAAAUGUUCUUGUUUUUUUAUGUUCACUUCUAAUUUCUUAUUUUUUGAGGGGUUUUAUAUAGUAUUUUACUUGUUAAAUGUUAGUGACAUACUGUAAUUUGUGUUCUAAUUUUGUUGUGAAGUGAAUGAAACCUAAAUAGUUUUUGAUUUUUA